AUGUGGAAGAAAAAAAAUACAACCCCAGUAGAUAGGGAAGCUGGAAAGGGGAAUACAAGCGCAGUACAUAUGGAUGAUAUUGGAUUAGAGGCCACAUGGGAGGUGGAUGGAAGAGUAAGGGGCCGCAAGAGAACAGGCCAAGACUCCACCCAGCAGCCACCAAAUAGCACAACAACCACAACCACCAUAGCAAGCAGCACAAACCACAACCACCAUAGCAGCAGCCAAAACCAAACAACCAUAGCAACAGCCACCAAACCACCAACAACCAUAGCAGCAGCACAAACCACAACCAUCCUAGCAGCAGCCACAAUAACAACCACAUGCCAUGCCUCUGAUACAACAGAAUAUCCCUAUACCAGUUCUUCUAUAGUGACGCUAUCGCCCACAGUUACGCCAACACAUUCUUCAACAUCUGUUAAUCUAUGCCGACCAAUUUGCUCAUCCCAACACACUCUUGUCCAUGACCCUAUUGACUGUAACCACUUCUAUACAUGCAACAUCACUCGCCUUACUCCAUAUCCCCACUAUACACCAAUUCGAGGAAAAUGUCCCCCAGAACGACCGGUCUUUGACCUGAAGAAACAUUCUUGUGCUGCAGAUAUUCCUUGUAUUACUACAUGUGAAGGGGUUAUAGCUACAACUCCUACAACAUUAGCUACCAGUGGCAAACCCUCACAAGUUACACCCAUAAUCAUCCCUGGUGACGAUGGGCCUUGCAAUAUCUACUGCGACAAGCCAAAUUCUAUCGUGCGUGAUCCAACCAGUUGCCAUCACUACUUCCUCUGUAUAUUCUUCGAUGGUACUGUUCCUCGCCCUUUGAGAAUCAGAUGCCCAAGAGAGAAGCCUGUGUUUGAUACGGAAAGCAAGACCUGUCAAAGCCAUGCUCCCUGUCGCACCUUGAAUUGUCAGCAAACAAGCAGUGAAUCAACAACAGUGGGAUCCAUCACUCCAUCACCUGCAGGAUUCAUUAAUAACACUCUAACAGAAGGAACUAUUAGCGAGAAACCGACACCAACAGAAUCUGUCGGUACCAAACCAACACAAGAACCUUUCACUGUAAGUCCAGCAACAGAAGAAAUCACCAGUACAACAGAUGAAGAAUGA